AUGAGUCAGUCAGGAGGUAAAUUGCCUGGACAAAUAGCAUCAAAAGUUUCAUGUGAGAGAUGCCGAUACAGGCGGAUCAAGUGUGAUCGUACACAGCCGUGUCCUGCAUGUCGGAAAGGAAAUCAUGAGUGUGUUUAUCCUCAAUCGGAAAAAUCGAGGCCUGUGCCAAAAGGUUACGUGCAAGCCCUCGAAGGUCAAAUAGCCUCCCUGGAACUAUUUAUUACCAAACUUAUUGCCGCAGAUGCUUCCAAGCGAGACGAAAUGUUAGCUGAUUUCAGUGCUUCCACGAAUCAUCUGAGUCUACAGUCAAAGCAAUCUUCUACUUUCCCAGAGCCCAGUCCACCAGAAACCCAAAGAAUUCCUGUAAGGUCACGGGCCGGUCACCUCAGGAAACUUAAGGACGGUAAUUCGGCCGAAUUCUAUGGUGCAACUAGCUUUUUCCAGAUUAGCCCGUCAGAAGAUCUAGAUGAUACUUCUCCAUCUACCAUACUACCACAGCUUGAAGUCAAGCAGCCAGCUACUAUCCAAACUCUAAAUAUACCAGGUGGAUCGAUGGAAGAGCAUUUAGCUUUUUCUCCUCGAAGUGAUAUCUGCAAAUGCCUUAUGAGGAUAUUCUUUCAAAACCAGUACCAAUACCACAUGUGCUUGUAUAGGGAAUAUUUUCUCAGAGACUUCGAUGCUGGUACGGGACCAUAUUACUCAGAUCUUCUCAUGUAUGCCGUCUGUUCAAUGGGUGCUCUUGCUAGUGAGAGUAUAACCCAGAGAGAACUAUCCGAUAUAUUUUCCAAUCGUGCUCAAGAAAUCCUAUAUGGAACUGCACUAGAAUCUCCAAACCUUACGACUUUACAAGCCCCUUUUGCUUCUUGGUCAUCGGGAAAUUGGACACGGAAAGACUUCCAAGGAGAAAUCUUACGAAGAGCGUAUUGGGCUGCUUUUAUAGCAGAUAAGCAGUUGAGUCUCUAUUUCGGAAGACCACCCGCUCUUUACCCUGCAGAAUCAGAUGUUCAUGACACUGUGCGGAUACCCUAUCCACCAGAAUGGAAGUCUCUUCUCAAUAAAUACAUAAUGGAGGGCACUUCCGAGACUGCAUAUGAGGAUGGUCUUGCAUUAGUCGCUUCAUGGGUUCAUCAAAUCGAGCUUUGCAAAAUAUUACAUCUUAUGAUUACGAAAGUUUUCGAAAAUAGAAAUGUGAAUACGGAUCCAACGAUUUUGGAGACCUCAAUCAGAGAAGUGGAUGUGGCCUUGACAAAAUGGCUAAAAAACUUGCCAGCGAAACUUCACUGGACAAAACGGACCGCAGGAAAUGUGCCUCCUUUCGUACUCCAUCUACACAUGCAAUAUCAUACAGCAAUGAUACUUCUUCACCGCCCACCAAGGGCUGCUUUUAAAGAACCAGGAAUUGGCGAAACCGAGGAUAUGCAGAUAUGCUACGAGUCAUUGGAUAUCAUCAUGAAACUUCUUCGAAUGCACUCUAAUAACCUUCAAAACUACCCUUAUAGCCACCUUCCUAUUACAUUUGUUCAUACCCUCGCAUCAGCUGCGAGUAUACUAUUGAUGAAAAGAUCUACCGAAGGCUCUUCUUGGAAAGAACCUACAGUUUCUAGACCCUUGGAUCAAAUAUUAGAAGCUAUCGACGGUGUAUUGUUGACAUGGGCAUGCGCAAAACAAGUCCGAGACGCCAUCACAGCUGCCAUCAGAGAACCAUCGACAGAGGACCUUCAAAAGACCUCCCCGGGCAAUUUUGAUCUCAUGAUGGGUCUUCUUGAUUCUGGAGCUGAUACCACCAUUUCUCCAGACAAUGUUGACUGGGAUAGUCUUGCUAUGAACGAUGUUGAAUUCGACCUCUUGAUGGGCAGCGAUCUUGCAAUUGAUUAUUCAACAUGGUCCGAUGGAUUAGGUUCGCGUACAUGA